AGGUCUCUGUGUAAAAGAGUUCUAAAAAUAAAAAGUUAGUACCGUGCUCGCAUUUGGUACUUCAUGUAAAAGCAACCAUGUUAUUUUGCUGAGAAUUGAAGUUUUCUCAACAAACUUAAGUAUGUUUUAGAAGCUUCUGAAUGGAAAAACACUUUCCCUAUUGCUAUCUGCUUCUUGAUAAAUGGCAAAAGAAAUCAAAAUCCUUCCUGUGAUCAGUUUUAGAACUUCAAUACUUAUUACGCAGUACCACAUAUGUAGUAAUACAUUUUUGUUUUACUACAAUUCAACUGCAUGUGUGUAGCUUCUUCAUUUUGACAAAACUGUAUUUCUGGGAAAAUAUUUGCUUACUGAAUUUGUGCACUGCUUCAGUUAUCCAAUGAACUCUAAUAAUAGUUAUUUAUUUUGGCUGUGGAUUUCUAGUUUUUGCUCUUUGAGCUCUCGGCUUAUUAUUGUCUUCUCAGAAGUUCAUUUUGGUUACUAAAUUGCAAGCCAAUCAAUAUUUUUGUUUUGCAGUUUAACAAAUAAUUUCUGAAUGGGUUUGUUUUCUCUCUAUAUUUUUCUUUCUGAAUUCGUACUUGAGAAUUCAGUUUUGAAACUAUUGUUACUCUUGUAUUCGGUUAAUUUUUUAAAAAUCUAUCUUUAAGUUGUUGUUUUUCUUUUUUUGUUAACUUUCCUUAUGUGUCUUAAGGACUUUUCUGCUGUGCAGAUUUUGUGGAUGUCUCACACUGGUUUUUAUAAGAUUAGACUUUUACACAUUAGACCCCUUAGCAGAUUUCAAAGCAAGAGACUUGCUGGCAAGUCUACAGUCUACAGCCUUUAUGCCUUUAUGGGCUUUAGAUUGAGAGUCAGUUGUUUAAAUCAUAUUUAGAUAAGUACACUGUGUUUAAAAUAAUUAAGUUAAUGAUUAAUUCAUUCUUUAAUGAGUGAUCUUAUUAAUAAUUUUCUUGUUAAGGCUUUGAAAGUUAUUGAUUUGCCACGUUUGCCAUCUGUGAUUUAGAUACUAUAUCAAUGUUGUCCUUGACACAUAAAAUUUAGUUGGAUUGCUGAAUAAUAUGUUACGAGAACGUGAUUUCCUAGUUUUUAAAUUCUGCUUGGAAUAAAAUCAUUUUCCCACGUUGGGAAAGUUUCCACUUUUUCCCAGAUUGCCCCUUUUCAAAAACAUAUUGAACCAUCGCGGGAAUUUUGAAGUCGAUGACUCGAUAAAUAUUCACAUUCAUAUUGACGUACUAGACGACAGAACCAAAACAAAUUGACAGGAAGAGGUUAUGUUUUCUGCAGUAUUUGUUGUGCCAUCAACAAUUUAAAUCGACGUCCUCCAUCUCGUCUUACGUAUGAAUCAUUGGCAAUCAUGGCAGAAGGCAAUAGUCAGAAUUACUCACCUGUAUCUGACAAAAUUCGCCAUCAGUUGAGAAAAGAAUCUGAGGAAGGGAGGUUACAACACAGAAAUAGAGUCAUCAAUAGUGCCAGAAAAAAUCUAAGGGAGAUUGAAGAUGAACUACAGACCUUGAAUGUUAUGACACCUGAUGAGUUAGCUAAGACUGUGGCACAAAUCAAGUCAGGCAACAAUGCACCUCUCCUCUCUCUUCGAGCAUUAAAACAAGCUCUUCAUAAUCCUGACACAACCCGCUUAUUUUUACGGACUACUGGUUCACUCCAAGCCGUUGUUGGACAUCUCACAGGAAGAAAAGCGCUGCACCAACUUGAAGCAGCAUACAUUUGUUGUAAUUUGGCCACUGGGGAUGAAUAUACAUGUGAGGCAGUAACAAAUGCAGCAGGUCCAUAUUUGAUCGAAUAUCUAGGAGGUCAUAAUACUACUCUCCAAGUUGCCUGCUUGUGGACCAUUGGCAACCUAGUUGGUGGUUCUAUGAAAAGUUUUAAUGUAUUGUUGUCACAAGGCCUCAUCCCUCGCUUAAUAAACUGUCUGAAAGGUCAUGAUGAAGUUAUUGAAGCUGCAGUAUAUGCACUCUGUUUCGUGAUCAAAAUGUCAUUUCACAAGGAUAAGAAAUGUGCUCUGUCUUGUACAGAAAUGCAAGAAAUAGCUUUAGCCACAGUAUUGAUAAAGCCAGACAUUACAGAAAUGUAUUCGCUGCUUUACUUACUGUCUUGUAGUUGUGACUGUGAUAAUAUACUUUUAGAAAACUUGAUUCCUCAACAAUGCGUAACUGCACUUUUGAAGCUUGCAGGUAAUACAGAAGAUAUGUCAGUACUGCGCUCAGCAACAGCCAUGAUAAGGGCAACUGCUAAUUUAUGUGCCAUUGAGAGUGGGACAGGUGCACUGAUGGUACUAAAUCAUAGCUCCUUUCCAAAUGUCCUCAAAAAUUUUCUAAAUACAAGGCAUUCUUAUCUUACUCGAGAGACUGAAUGGCUACUAAACAACUUGUUGUUCCAUCCGUGUGUCAAAGUUGCUACACAGGCGAAAGAAUUGCAACUAGAAAGUGUUUAUGACCCAAAAUAAAAUAAGAAGUAUGAAUAAACGGUAUCAGCUAUGUAAAACAUGAUUUUCAAAAUGAAAAACAGUUAUCACAAUAA